CAUAUGGCGCCCAGUAUAUCAUGCGCUGAUGAAAAGCAGGAUCGUCACAAGGAUAAAAAUUAACUUCCAACGACAACAUGCUCGUAGCAUCACUGUUCACUGUCGUGCAUGAUGCGGGUCGUACUGCGGUGCCCUGAAGUACUACGCUAGUUACCACUGGGUUGUCACCAUGAGACAGCGACCAACUGGUUUGUGGCUUAGCAUGCUCUUACAAUCAUCAACUUCAAUAACUUACGGCAAGGGCAAAAACUCGUCACAUAUAAACAAGAGCUUAGACAUGGCGUUGUACCCAUAUAUCGGCCAACAAGGACGCUUGGAAAUGUUUAACCGCAGCCCGAACAAUGCACGCCUAUUAUGUCAAUAAGGUCCCUACCAGUGGCUGUGGCGGCAUCAGUUAUCUUCAAGAUCCCUUAUACAAAAGAGCGGCUGAUGGCGACCAAUUUCAUGUCAGAAUCUAGGUUCGAAGGGACAAAGCCUUACCAGUGGCACUUGAGUGGCACGCCUUAUAUCUUCCUCUGCAGAAACCUCGCAGGUACCGCCUUGCUUCACCCAGCGACGUCGCACGUCGCCUUUCUCGCGUACCUACACCCCGCCAAGAUGAAGACAAGCCGUAAGCAUAAGACGAAGAAGUCUAAGCAGACGCAUACACAUACGGGCUCUGACGGAGCCCAGCCCCCGCCCCCUCAGCCUCGUGAACUCCCGCCCGAGCUAUGGUCGCUCGUUUUCGCGAAUGUGGACGACUGCGAUACCCUUCUCUCAUCCAGCCUCAUAUGUCGAGUGGCUCACAGAGAAGCCGACCCGUACCUGUACAGGGUGAUCGUCUUGAAGCGGUGGCGAACCCGGCAUAUUCUGGCUAUACAUUCCGCGCUCCAGGCUUCAGUGCGACGUGCACGCAUGGUGCACGCGCUAGAGAUCCACAGCGCGAAAAGUCGAGUCAAGAAGAGGGCGGUUGCAGCGCUGGUGGAUAUAUUCCGCAUAGUUCCGAAUUUGAAGGGACUCGCUUUGACUUUGUUCGACGACACCAACUCGACAAGACUCUUGCCUGUGCUGGAACAACUUGGGGCCCUGUGUCCGUUCCGACUCCGUGUCCUCGACACAAACGCACCAUUCACACCGGAGAUCGUCAAGUUGUUUGCACAACAGCCAGACAUCACUUUCCUUCAAUGGAACAGCGUGAGCGGCACCGAGCCUGUACCUCGCAUCCCGGCUACCGCCCUCAACCACCUCAAGUAUCUGAGCUGCGAGACAGGAUACCAUCCUUUCGCUCGCUCCGCACGUGGCAUCACGCACCUCGCAGUCGGAAUGCUUCCCCAAAGAGAGAUCGACGAGAUACUCUACUUGCUCGGCGACCAACUGAUCAGCUUCAAGAUGGCUGAGAGCCGCAUCGGGGAGGAUGAAGAAACCAUUCCUGCCGUCGCAUUCCGCCGCGGUCUUCCCAAAUGUCUGAAGUACCUCGAGGUUCGCGACGUGAUUGGGUUCCACUUUGGUCGCCGGGUGCCGACGCUCACGAGCAUGGACGUCUAUGACACCCGGCCUUUCUUGCGGCCCGGCCUGACGCUGGAGACUUUCGUCUGGGAGGCAACGUGGAUGCGCCCCUUCCCAUUGUUGCAGGAGGAAAUCCAGCAAUUCGCAGAGGACGUCGCGGUGGCCUGUCGCUCGUUGCGAAGGUUCAUAUUUUAUGGCGAGAUGAACGAACCGAUGAUGUAUGAACUGCGGGAAGGCAAAGUGAUGGACCGAGUCAGACUACCAAGUUACCCAGAUGACGAGUGGACAAGAGUCGCAUAAUGAUGAAGCGUAGAAUAU